CUUUAUUACUUUAUACAAUACGAUGGGCGAGCCUCACCCGAUAUUACCCAUCCAGUUGCCAUAUCCGUGUCAACCACACGAAACAGCUGGAUCACUAUUUAUUUUGAUAAACAAAAAUUAAUUCGAGGUUUGCACUGUAGCGAUCACAAGAUGUUUUGACCGUCGCUCCACUUUCCAGAGCCAACGAUAGCGAUUACAACCAGACGCUUCAGGGCUUUGGUUUCUCGCAAAAAUGGCUGGCCGUGUUCUGGCUUCUUGUGGGUUCUCUCCUUGGCUCGUUCUUCCCCACGAGCAGGCCACAGGCAAGCUGUUCAAGGAGCACUUGCCUUUUGUUUCAAGUGAUGGGACAAACCUAGAGAUGGUUAAGUCGAGUGCAGUUAACCUAAAGCUGCAGAAAAAAGGCGACUUCUGGAAAACUAUGAGUAUGUUAUUGGAUACUAAACAAAUGAUGCAGAUGAAUACAGGCAUCAUGAAGCGUCUACUGGUUGAUGUUCAAGCUGAAUCUCAAUCCGACUUGGUGCUCUUCAAUUUCCGGUUUGCAGAUUUAAUGGAUUCACAAGAAAUUGGCAUUUCUAUGUCACAACGAAAAUCUGCUUCUCCUUAUCUUGCUGAGCCUCACACAUCUCUUAUAUACCCAAGUAGUUCAUUUUCCCUCCAAAUUCCACCCUCAGAUGUUGUGGGGGUCUUUGACCUAGAGAUUGAUCCUCUUUCUCAUGGUCAACUACCUCAUUGUGAUGUGAAAUCUAUACUUUCCUUGAUCUCCGAGCAUUGCCACUUUAUGAAUCAGGACUCAGUCAGCAGUCCAAGGAAGCCCAUGUUGGUUCCAUAUUUUGACAGGAAGAUGAUCAGGGAAACAAAGGUCAAAUCUUCUGCUCUGGAACUUAAAACUUUGAAAGCUGCAACCCUGACAAGUCCUGAGGAGUUAAAGGACAAGAGAUCGCCGAAAAAGAAGAGCAACAAGAAACAACAAAUCAAGGAUAGAGAUCUUUUCAGAAACAGCAGUUUACAUGCAUUUGAAAUCCUUCUUUCCAUAAUGGUGAACACACAGCAGCAUGGGAAAACAGCCAUCAGUUCGCUAAUGGCCCUUAAGAAAUCCGGUGGUGAGUUACCUCACCUUCUGACCCGGUUAUCUGCUACCAUUACUGGUACUGCCAUUGCUGUCCUUCUCUCUGGUGUCUGUAAAGUAGCAUGCGGAAAAGUAGUUGCCUUCCGUGCAUCAUCUGGAAUUAUCAAUGCUGGGAUAGGGCUUGCGCUCGUUUGGUUGUCUUGGGGUGUGAAUAGUUUAAGGGACACAGUUAUCUCAAUCAGCAAAAGCCCGGGCAAGUUUGCUGUUAGAGAAGAGGAGAUGAUCAAGCUGGACAGAGAUGUCAAGGAAAUUUACUAUAGAGCUGCUGCAUUAAUGGCUGUUGUAGUGCUGAGGUUUGUUUGAUAAAUUAACAUGUAAAGUCUUCCUUUUUUUGAGGGAAAUGUAAAUGCUUCUUUGACAAAUGACUAUAAUACCUCAAUUGGUUGUUGUCUUGUGGAUGAAAGGUUGAUGCAUGUGAAUUUGUACAUCAGUCAAUAGGGUUCUUGCAUAUAUGUUUUGCUGUAUAUUGAUGAAUCAUAAUAGUCAUUAUUCUUGAUGCUGUUGUUACUAGUGUUAAUAGCAG